AUGACAAUAGCAAUUAGUGCAUCGGCAAGUCUGACUAGGACUCUGAUUCCACGCCUUGGCACAGCAUCGUCGUCAUCAUCGGCAUCGGUCCUCAAAGCGGUAAGGGUGAACCCCUCAGUCUCGACCCUGUUCAGGCACUCUGGUCACACGACAGCUGCUCCUCCUCCUCUACACCGUCCUCCUCACUUUGAUCAGCAAUGGAGGGGCCGUGCCUUCUGCACUGCGACACUGCCUCGUCGCAACGCCGGCGCCGGCGAAGAGGCUCGCAGCGGCACCCCCAUCGGGCAGAUUGAGCAGCGUCUCUCCCUGACCUUUACCUGCGCAGUCGAGGGCUGUGGACAUCGAUCCACGCACGAGUUUGCCAAGCGAUCCUACGAAAAGGGUAUCGUCAUUGUGCAAUGCCCUGAAUGCAAGAAUCGCCACCUCAUCGCCGACCAUCUCUCAUGGUUCAAGGAUGCUGGCGAGGCAAAGACGGUGGAAGAGAUGGUGAGGGAGAAGGGUGGGCGAGUGAGAGUGGGGAGAAAGGCUCUCGAAGAUGGCGUGGAUCAGGGUGAGACGGUCGAGAUCCUGAGUGACUCUGAUGCGGAGGCUUUGGAGGCUGCGAGGGGAUGGGAAAGCUGCUUCCUGAGGAUGUUGCACAUCCUCGGCCCGGGCAUCAGUCAUUUGAGUCUUUGGCAUUCGGAAAGUCGAAUAUUGCUUAGGGAUGCGGGGCAAGUGAGGGGACGUCAUAGGCGGUUGGGUGCUUUGGGCCCGGCGUGGGCAUGGGGAGAAGGGGAUGACUUUGAAGAUGUGCGAGGAAGCGAUGACGAGGAAGACCAUGCAAGCGAAGAGGAAGAGGAUGGCACAGGCUCGAAAGCGGUCAUCAACUCGGCGGCUGAGCUCGCCGCAAUGAGGGAGCGUGCCCGCCAAAAGAUGCCGCAGUGGCUUCGUCGGGAGCUCGAGACCAAGCCCGUAGCAGAAGUCGCAAGGACACAUCGCGCCCAUCUCGCCCCUUAUGGCGACGUAGACGCAGCCGUAGCCGCCGCUGCAACGGGAACUUCGGACGAUUUGCUCACCCAACACGCCGUCAACUCGCGCAAGGACAAACGACAACUUAAAGGGUGUCGACCCACGAGUCUGUCCAUCAUCCUCUCGCUGCCGCUCUUCGAGAAUCAGGAGCCGGCGUUGUUUGCCAGCAUGCUCGUCUUCUCGCGCUGCAAAUACCUGGAUUGCCACUUUCCCGUGCCAGCGCACGCGCCAAAACUACUUUGGCUGGUCAGUCAUCUAGUCAGAAGCCCUCUCGAGAGACUCAAGCUGUCCUCGACGCAUGCUACACUCGUGCUGGGUCUGCCGCCAUUCAACUCACAGCAGGCAGAGGCGAUGAGGAGGAGGGACGCCGUGAAUGCUAGGCAAGUCGGAAGCAGAAGAGGUGCGCCGCAACAGCAGCCUAUUAACCUCGCGUUAGGGCUGCGAGCCAUCCUUGAAGAUGAGCAUCUGCGAUGCCUCUUGCAUUGGGAAUUCGCUGGCAAGCAUGCCGACGCACCGCGUCAGCUCGAACGGGCUUUCACAGAAGUCGUCGUUGAGCGGGGCCGUAGGAGAGGAGGCUCGACAGCAGCCCCAGCCACCGCCCGCAGCGAAGUCGCCGACGACGGCCUUGACUCAGUAUACGGCGCCCCGCGCGAUCCGUGCGAGGACAUCGAGCCGGUUCGGGUACGUCUCUUCCAGCGCAACCAAGGUGGCUACGGCAAGAUGAAGGACCGGCGUGAUGACUUUGUACAGCAGAGCAUGGGCCUGAGCCAAGGGAUUUGGGAGAAGUGCGGAUUGUGGGGCGAGGGCGACCAGGUGGUAGAAUCCGAGAAGGAGUGGAGAUGA